AUGGCAUUUCACGGUACCAGAGGUGGAUCUCGUGGCAGAGGCUCUGGAUCAGGAGCGCCCAGAGGCCGAGGGGGGGCACGUGGAGGUUCACGUGGAGGUGCUCGAGGGGGACCUCGUGGUGGUGCUCGUGGACGCGGUGGAUUUAGAGGCGGAAAAAGACCUAUUUUUGACAGUGCAAGAGUUGCUCAGCAAAAAGAACGGGACGAUCAAAAGUCGGACUCUGAAAGUCCAUCUGAGGUGGAGGAAGAUAUUGAAAGUGAAGAUGAUUCCAGCGAUGAGGACGACACGGAGCCUGCGCCCACUGUACGCUCUUAUUCAGUUCUCAUGCAAAGUCUUACGGCGGAUUCUGCACCCCAGGCCAAGAGAAGAAAAUUAGAGCAUCCUACUGAUGUCAAAGAAUUAUCUGGAAGCGAUUCUGAGGAUCUUGAAGACCAAGCAGAGGACGCUGAUGUUGUCGUGGAAGCGGAGGAAGGGCCGGAAACUGCCACCGACGGGCUCCUGGAAGAAGAGAACGACGAUGAAGAUGCUUCAGAUCCCUUUGAAUCACACUUUGCGGACCCAGAGGAUAAUGCCUUGUCAAAAAGAUUGAAGGCAUUACAGUUGAACCAGUUGACCACUCAGAAGACCCUGCUGCCCAACUUUGGAAAGGCUGUGAUCAGUCUGCCUCAGACGGAUGAUGCUGAACCCGGUAUAAUCCCUACAGUAUCUGGGCCUGGUGAUUUGAAAUUGAAGCAAAAGCUGGCGGGUGUCAUCUCAAAGCAAAGGCCAACUUUCCACCCUUUGGAGAAAUCUAUUGCUACGUAUAUGUUCAAUUACCAAGAUGUCUUGUAUUGCGAGCGGAGCCCCGUUAACUCGGAAAGCCUACGGCGAUUGGCAUGCUUACAUGCUGUCAAUCAUGUUUUCAAAACUCGAGAUCGUGUAAUUAAGAACAACGCCCGUCUUGCUAAAGAAGAAAAGGAAGAUCUCGAAUUGAGAGACCAAGGCUUCACUCGCCCUAAAGUCCUCAUGAUCCUCCCAACGCGGGAAUCGUGCGUUCGAAUGGUCAAUUCAAUCACAUCUUUAUGUGAACCGGACCAACAAGAGAACCGGAAACGUUUCGAUGAUUCAUACGUUGAGAAGGGGGAGAAGUUCUCGGAAGACAAGCCUGCCGAUUUCCGAGAACUCUUCGGAGGCAAUGAUGAUGAUAUGUUCAGACUUGGACUCAAAUUUACUCGAAAGACCAUCAAGUACUUCUCUCAAUUCUAUAACUCGGAUAUUAUAUUUGCCAGCCCUCUAGGCUUGCGGAUGGCCCUCGAGGGAAAAGAGGAGAACAAGGGUGAUUACGACUUCUUGAGUUCAAUUGAGAUAGUCAUAGUCGACCAAGCCGAUGCUCUACUGAUGCAAAAUUGGGAGCAUGUCGAAUACAUCUUCGAGCGCCUCAAUCUUCAACCAAAGGAGGCGCAUGGCUGCGAUUUCAGCCGAGUCCGAAGCUGGUAUUUAGACGACAACGCCAAAUACUUCCGCCAGACCAUUGCACUGGCAGGUUUCAACACCCCUGAACUCAACACUUUGUUCUUCAAUCAGUCGAAGAAUUGGGCAGGGAAGGUCAAGAUCAAUGAUAAUUACCAGGGUGCUAUCCAAGAGCUAGGAUUGAAGGUCAAACAGACCUUCUCGCGACUCGACUCGCCUUCUUUCUCCACGGAUCCAGAUGCUAGAUUUACUUACUUCACAUCAGCCAUCAUUCCAUCUUUGACUCGUCGCUCAAAAGACAGUGCUGGGACUGUCAUAUUCAUCCCUUCAUACCUGGACUUUGUUCGAGUAAGAAACUACUUCUCAACAUCUCCUUCUACGAGCAACUUGUCUUUUGGCAGUAUCUCGGAAUACACAACUGUUCGAGACGUAGCAAGAGCUCGAUCGCAUUUCUUCAGCGGGAGACAUAAUGUACUUCUCUAUACGGAGCGCGCGCAUCAUUUCAGGAGAUAUCAGUUGAGGGGCGUGAGAAAAGUGAUUAUGUACGGAUUACCUGACAAUCCAAUCUUCUACAAAGAGAUAGUGGGCGGUUACUUAGGAAGAAGUGUACAAGAGGGGAAACUAGCACCUGGAGAUGGGACAGCCAGAGCCAUAUUUUCGAAAUGGGACGUGCUAAAGCUUGAGAGGAUAGUUGGGACUGAGAGGGUUGGGAAAAUGAUUAUGGAGAAGGGAGAUACCUUCGAUUUCCUGUAG